ACAGAACCCGAAGGGCAGUCCGUCGGAGAGUUCGAGUGAGGUCCGGACAAAGGAAAAUACUUUUCCACUUUUCCUGCUGCUGCUGUUUCCUGUCAAAAAUACAGAAUUGGAAAAUGUGAUGUGCUCGCGUUAAUUGUCGAGGAUAAAUCAAUUCCGCCGUUAACUAGAUUACGGACGCGUAUCUUCACGUGAGCAACGGAAUCGAGUGGGCCAAGUUGGGGGGAAAAGCCGUGGAAAAACCCCCUUCGCGAACCAGUUCGUGGCAGUGUGUGUGCGAGUUUGUUCGAGUGUGUGUGUGUGGCUUUUCGCCUUACUUAUUUUUUUUUCAUGCGCAAUUUGGGUUACAAAGCGAGAAAAACGCUGCUUAAAAUGCAUUAAAAUGUUUUAGGCACGGGCCUCAUUGAUUUUCCUACGCACAAAAGUAUGUUACACCAAGUGCCAGCCGGAAAAAGGAACAGGAACAGGAUCAGGAUCAAAGGCAGCCGCCGCCCAGCGAUGAGGACCCGGACGCGAGGAAGCUGCUUCUAGGACCAGGCAGGGAUCAGCCCGAACGGACAUCGAUCCGGAUCCGGACCCGGAUAGGACACUCAUCUCGCGCAGAAAAUACCACUACGAGGAGCACCCUGGCGCCGGUACUGCCCAGCAGCGGCAUGGCCGGCAUGGGCGGAAUGGGCGGACUCGUCGGCUCCGCCAAUGCCAACGGCAAACACCAUCCCCACCUCAUCUCGCCCACCCACUCCUCUCUGCCGGCCGGCAUCUGCAGCAGCGACAGCGGCAUCUCCACGCUGAGCGCCAUCUCGCCUCCGCUCUCCGCCGCCACCACCACGGCGUCCGGAGCAGGGGGCGGGGUUGGAGUGGGAGUAGGAGUGGCAGUGGGCGUGGGCGUGGGCGGCAGUCCCCAGCUGCGCACGUCGCCCGCCUUGAGCAUGCUGGGCAGCGCCACGGCGACGGCCAGCGGCGGAGUCCUCGGACCGGCGGCCAGCAUCGAUUUGGGCAGCUCACCGCUCUCGCACCGCAACUACAGCCACUCGCUGAAGGGCUUCAGCUUCCGGCGCAGCUUCGACGACAAGGUCGUCACGCCGCCCUACUUGUCGCGCGCCUACGCCCACGGCAUUCCCUACCCGCACUUCCACGCCCCUCCGCCCAGCCUGCACCUGCACCACCAUGGCAACGGCACUGCAGCGGGAUCGGGAUCGGCGUCGGUAUCGGUAUCGGGAUCGGUAUCGGGAUCGGGAUCGGGGCCUGGCGUGGGAUCCGGGGGAGGAGGACUCUACCAGCAGCCGCUGUCGCUGGCCACGAUGUCGGCGGCCCUGCCGCUGGCGCCGCUCUACGGGUCGCCGCUGUCCCUGCCGCUCACCUCGUCGCAGUCCACCACCAAGCUAUCGUACCGCGACGACUUCCUGCAGCAGAUUGGCUACCUGCCAACCACGCGCAUCUACAGCACCCCGACCAGCAUCGUCGACGAGGACAAGGCGCAGCAGGACUUCCUCUCGCUGUCGCUCUCGCCGCCGCUCAACCGCCGCCGGGACAUGCCGGCGCUGCGCGGUCCCUUCGUCAGCCUAUCGGAGCCCCGCGGAACGCUGAGCACCACUGACGAAAUCUACCCGGACUCGUCCGACAGCAGCCUCUACGUUUCGGACGAGGAGCAGGAGGACGCCUCUCAGUACUGUCGCGGUGGCUACCACCCGGUGGUCAUCGGGGACAUCUUCGACAAUCGGUUUCGCGUGGUGCGCAAACUGGGCUGGGGCCACUUCUCCACGGUUUGGCUCUGCCGGGAUCUCAAAGACGAGAAGUACGUGGCCCUCAAGGUGGUGAAGAGUGCUCCGCACUACAUCGAGACCGCGGCGGAUGAGAUCAGGCUGCUGGAGGCCAUCCGCGAUGCCGAUCCCAUGGACGUCAAGCGGGAGCGGAUCGUGCGGCUGAUGAACCACUUCACGGUGCGCGGCGUGAACGGGAUGCACACGUGCCUGGUCUUCGAGGCACUCGGCUGCAGCCUGUACAAGCUGAUCGUGAAGAACAACUACCAGGGGCUGGCCAUCGCCCAGGUGCGCAACAUCAUCCGCCAGGUGCUGGAGGGACUGGACUACCUGCACAGCAAGUGCAGCAUCAUCCACACGGACAUCAAGCCGGAGAACAUCCUGCUGGUGAUCGACAACGCGGCCGCAAUGAACCAGCAGAUCGACGACGAGAUCAACAGUCUGCGGGUGAAGGGUGCCGACUUCCCCGACUCGUACAUCAGCUCCAUCGAGAAGCAGACCAAGUCGCGGGCCAAGUGGCCACUGAUUGAGCCGAAUGGGUCGGUCAACACCAACACCAACAACACCACAAACACCAGCAACAGCAACAGCACGGCGAACAACUCCAGCUCGUCGACGCCGCUCGCAGCCGUGAUCAUGUCCUCGCUGGACAAAGAAGACACCACCACCACCUCGUCCACGCUCAACUCCAACACCACCUCCUCGUUGGCCUCCAAGUACUCCAGUCUGCUGGGGGACAGCGAGUGCAACGGAGGCCUCGGCGGAUCGGCGAGUCUGAGCAACCGCUAUCGAGCCGAGAAGAAAAUCACUGCCAAGUCUUCUGGGGAUUGUGAGGAAGGUGCCGAGUCCGACACGCUGGGCGAGCAGAGCAUGGCCACCGACACGCCCACCGAUCCCGAGCCCGAGCCCGAGCCUGGGUCCGAAACCGAGCCCAAAACCGAGCCCAAAACCGAGACCGAAACCGAAACUGAAACCGAAACCGAACCCGAGGCCAAUCCUAGCGAGGUCAAGGUCCCUGAGCUGCCCACCCCGAACUCCACCAACACCUCCUGUCCCUCCCACAACACCCACAACACCCACACGAUAGCCAAGUCCAAGAUCAACUCGAGCACGUGCACGUCCUUGCCCAACGAAUACAGUCUUACCAACACGAACACGAACACGAACACCUGUAGCGAUACAGCCUUCACUUCCGCCCCUCCAAGUGCCACACUCUCCAUCGCCAUCGCCACAGCCUCUGCCACGCCCCACAGCACGUGCACGCCCUCGUUUACGCAUACAGCGCCCACUGCAACAGCUCCAAAAGCUCCAACUACCAGUACAACUUGUACAGCAACAGCAACCGCAAUCACUGAGCUCCUUAAUGGCGAUCAUACAACAACAAGCACAUCGACAAUCUCCGCGACAACAACAACAACAACAACAACAACAACGACACCAGCCAUCGCUAAACUAAAUGUCAAUGCCAAUGCCAUUCCUUCGCAGAACCAGAGUCAGAGUAGCCAGAACAACACAUACACGAUCCAGUCGCUCAUCAACAACAGCAACGUCCGCGUGAAGAUCGCCGACUUGGGCAACGCCUGCUACGACUAUCAUCACUUCACCGAGGACAUCCAGACGCGUCAGUACCGAUCGAUCGAGGUGCUGCUGGGUGCGCCGUACAACUAUACCGCCGACAUUUGGAGCACCGCCUGCCUGGCCUUCGAGCUGGCCACGGGCGACUACCUGUUCGACCCGCACGCCGGCGAGUCGUACAGUCGGGACGAGGACCACCUGGCGCACAUCGUCGAGCUGCUGGGCUCCAUUCCGCAGUCGGUGAUCCUGCGGGGCAAGCACGGCCUGAAGUACUUCACCAGCUAUGGCAGCCUGAGGAACAUCACCAAGCUGAAGCCCUGGAGUCUGAAGAACGUGCUGGUGGAGAAGUAUGACUGGGAUCCGGUGGAGGCCAAGAAGUUCUCCGACUUCCUGCUGCCCAUGCUGGAGUACAAUCCAGUCAUACGCGCAUCGGCAGCCGAGUGCCUGCAGCAUCCGUGGCUGGAGCAGGAGGAGUUCGUCUAGGAGUUCGUCUAAGGUUCGUCUAGAUGCUCAAGAAUUCGCGCAGAAGAAGCUGCAAGCAGAAGACAACUGACACACGGGCACACUUAAGUAAUACAUGCAUAACAUACGUACAUAUUUCGUACUCGUAUUGUAUUUCUAGGCUUAACUUUUAUAUGCAAACCACUUUGUUAUAAAGAGGAAUAAUAUAUAUGUACGAUAGCAAGGAGAUCCGAUGAAGGAAAGUUAGCAUUAUAGGACUCGAUACACACACACCUUAUACACACACACAACAUGUGAAGAGGCCGUUACGCGGGGAAUUUUUUAAGCUUUUUAAUUUUUGUACUUGAGAGCUUUAAAAUGUAAUUACUAAAGAAGCGAUUUUAUUUUUAACGACGAUAGCAAACACGAGAAGUUGCGCAUAAUGUUUUUCAAGUUUUUAUUUCGACAACGUGCAUAUAAGCAUAUACAUACAUACAUACAUAUAUAUAUUUUUUAUUAAAUGAGAAACAAGUGAAACAAAAACAAAAAACAAAAGACAAUGACGACAAUUUUGAAGUCAACAGAUGCCUAAACUGACUGACUGAAAAGGAAAACAUUUUCAUGCGAAACCAAAAAUAAAACCAAACAAAUGAGACAUGCUAAAUAAAUUAUACGAACUAGAAAAAUAUUCAGCAUCACAUAAUUAAUGAUACCUUCUAUAAAAUUAAUACAAUAAUAUGGUAUGUGUAUAAUUAACGAAGCCCAAUUGUAGAUAUCGGUAAUGUUUAACAGAAAUACAGAUGAAAAUUCAAA